ACUGCGCAGGAUAUCUGUCUGACAACACCUGUUUGCCUAUGACACUAUGGUGCUACACAUCGCUAAUCGGCAUAAAUAGCCGAACGCAGGAAACACAAGCGAACGUGACUUCGGUGACUUGCACGCAUUGCGAUUAAGUAAAUCGGUGGUGUCGUGGGUGGGGCAGUUCUGCUGACUAGCAAUAUGAAUCUCGAGCAGGCGCAAGAUAAAUUUGAUCAGCUCCUCGACCAAAUCGAUCCUGCAAACUCAGCAGAGUUCAUACUUUGGAUACAGAGGAGAUACCUGACGGCAAACUGUGCAGGCCACCAGGUGGCCGAAGCUCAUCACAAGCUGAGCCAAAUCUCCGAGUACCUCAGGACCGUUGUACCCGGAAAUGCAGUUCUUCCUUCUGAAAGCAUAAUUGUGCCAAAAAAGGGAGAGAAUGCAGACUGUGACCCUGCAACGACUGUACACGUUGAUGCAUUCCUUUAUGAUGACCAAGCCAUUGAUGAGUUGGUUGAAGAAGGAAAACUCAGCCGGAACUACUGUAAAGCUUGUGGUUCUCAUGAGACAGCACCCCUCACGUUCAUUUCGCACUCUGCCUCAGCUCGCAGAGCAGAAUUCAUUUUCAGAGAGAUUUUGCCAUACUUGAAAGACAAGUCCGUACUUGAUGUGGGCUCCAGGCUGGGCGUCAUGCUCUAUGCUGCCCAUGCAUUUACACCAGCUAAUCCAAUUAUUGGUGUUGAGAUGAAUCCUGACUUGUGCCAAAUUCAAGAAGCUGCCGUCAAGCAUUUUCACAUGGAAGACAGAAUCAAGGUCGUCAAUGCGAACGUCAUCACGGUACCUGAGCUCGUCUCCAGCUCUGAUGUUGUGAUCCUCAACAAUGUGUUUGAGUUCUUUACACCCGAGCCAGAACAAGUGGCCCUGUGGCAAUUUCUGAGGCGUACCAUCAAGAAGGGGACCAUCCUUGUCACCGUUCCCAGCCUUGAGGACUCGCUCAAGAAUCUCCAGACUGGAAUAGUCAUAUCGGAGUGGGUCAAACAGCGUUACGUCACCGAUCCCCUGGCCUACAGCUAUGUCAUGGAUCACGAGGAGCUGUCUGAACUCUGCAGCUACGACGUUCUGUGAUGCACUUACUGUGUCUUUCUGACAGUGGUUACUCGGUGAAGUCUUGCGUAUCAAGCUUUUUAUCAGUCUGUUAGAUGCAUUUGAAAUUAAACUCCGUUUUGCAUUGCACCAGUUGGCUCAUAGCUGCAAAACUGCGAUUCCCACAGAAUCAGGAGCACCGAAAACUUGCAGUGAGACUGCUUCUGUCACUGUAUUCUGCAGUUACAUUCCCCUUUGUGCUACAUUAUUUGUUUUCAAUGAAACUUAAUAGUUGUUUCCUCAAUGGGCUGAGGGACAUUUGCUGUUUCAUUCAGUAACGGUAGCCUGCUUAAUUCUAUAGUGCAGUCUGUUUCUGUGACACUCUUAUGUAAUUUGUUUCUGUGACACCCACCCUCACUCCUUGCAUUUUAGUGGAGGCGGAGACGACUUGGUUGUGAAAUUCUUGCUCAGGAAUCAUCAAGGAAUGUCAUUGAAGCGCAGUAGAGACCCGCCAUGGUGGCGUAGCAACUAUGGCGUUGCACUGUUGAGCACGAGGUCGCGGGAUUAAAUCCCGGCCGCAGCGGUUGCACUUCAGUGGGGGCAAAAUGCAAAAACGCCCAUGUCCCAUGCAGUGGGUGCACAUUAAAGAUCCCCAGGUGGUCAAAAUUAAUUUGAAGUCCCCCGCUACGGUGUGCCUCAUGAGCAGACAGUGGGUUUGGCACGUAAAACCCCAGAAUUUAAUGUUUUAUUUAAAUGAAGCACAGCGACCGCUUCGGCUGCCAUCCACCUAAUUCCGUCAAGGUAAAGUGUUGCGUAGAGUAACACGCUAGCAUACUGAAAGACGUAUCUACCACAAAAAGAGCACACACAAAAAACCGUGGAUCCCACGCCCUGUGGGAAUCGAUGUCAUGCGAAGCAGUGUGCGGGGAGCCUACCAAGAUAACGAAAUGACCAUGAGAGCACCAAGAUGUAGGCAGCUGUUUCAUGACCUGACACACAUGUCACGACAUUCAUGCUGUGACCUAUCAUUUAUGUUCGUCAUAUACUCCUGCUAUACUAUGCCAAUUUUGGUACAUACCAGGACGUAGGCGGCUGUUUCAUGACCUUUAUGACACGCACGUCGUGACCUAUCAUUUAUGUUCGUCAUGCACACCUGUCAUACUGUGGCAAUUUCAGUACAUACCAAGUUAACGAAACCACCAUGAGAGCACCACGAUAUAGGCAGCUAGAUAGGUACACUUAAGGUGGCAAAUGUUCGCCAAGAAAUCAUUUGCACUUAAAAGGUGACAUGUUGACGAUGCACUGGCUGCCUUUGUUUCGUCAAUGUGUCUUCCUUAUCUCUUGUGUACUCUUUUUGCGGCAAAUAUGUCUUUCAGCAAGUACCAUCUAGGCCAAGGAUCAGCUAUCUUGUGCUAGAAUACGGGGGUAAAUCUCUCUUUCCUCCGAGGUACACAAUGAAAAAUAUUGUAGCAAGCACACCCUUUGUUGAACUUAGAACAUGACUGCACUGGAAAAUGAAGUGGUCCAAACACUGUGUAUGUGGUGACCAACAAGGCUAGCAGUGAUGUAAACCUGUGAAUUAUGUUUUCUAGUCUCUUUUUGUGUUGCUUACUUCGAGAGAACAAAACUUGCAUACAGAUAGUGCCUCAAUUUCAUGAUAUUAUUACUCUUCAGUAAAUUGGUAUUUUCGAUACUGCGCGUAUGUGGGGACUAGACAUUGUUCUUACCUUUUGCACACUUCAGGGCUGUUUGCAUAAGAAUUCUUUUAUACACGAGUUGAUGUGAAUCGCAACAGAACACAGACCUAACAAAUUAUCAAUUAUAACAAAGUAAAUCUAGAAUGUUUAUUGUUGGUAUGGGCAUGUAAUGAAUAUAUGUUGUUAUGAAUGUUGGUUAUAACAAAGCUAUUUUGUGUUAAGUGAGACUUCGUUACGUGGUUCGACUGUAAUCUGUACACUGUGAAUCCUCCUGUGUUCACAGUGCUAUUGUAUUCUUUCCCACUGUUGCAAAACCUUUUUAAAUUUGAUCAUCUGAAAAAGCAAAAGAGAAAAACUGGGCUGAAAUUUAUGAGUGCAUUGUUUGGCAGCACUUGAUAAUUGACCUGAAGCAAAUUUUUUCAUUGUCAAGCCACGGCUGACACGUUACCGUAAAGCACUAAUGGAUUGGAAAAAAGCAUCAGUGCUUACUGAAUAGUGUACCAGUUUCGUCAAGUUUGUUGUGCAUGGAUUAACCAUCUUCUCACAACAUAAAUAUAAGUAGGUCGGAGUUGUUUUUCUUAAAGCUGGCUGGUGAAGACCUCUUUGCAACCACACUUGAAGUAGGGACGAGCAUAUUGUGUGAUUUUCUAUUGGUGGCUUUGAAAAAUUAACAUCUAGAAACUUAAAAAGAAGAAAGUUGCAGCAGUUUUAUAAGUCAAGUAUGCUUUCACGCUCCUGUUCUGCCGACCUUCUUUUCCUUGUCGUUCUAGGUGCCCUUUCUACAGUGAACCAACUCGCCCAGUUCGCAACUAUUCUCAUGUUAUCAUUCCAUGCACAUUCCAAAGUAAUUGCAGUACUCGUGACUACUGAAAGUACUAUAUGGCCAACUCUGCUUAGGAGCAAUCUUGUAUGUUUUUUCUUAGCUUACAAUAUAUUUUGUACUCAAAUGGCUGUCACCACAAAAAUAAGUUAGCCAUGUUAACUUUAGAUCAAGACUGUCUUUACAAAGAGAGCAUGUGCUAUGUUCAGGAUCAGCAAUACAGACAUCUGAAAAUUGACCUGACUUAGAUUUUAUCCAGCUAUCUUCAUGAGCCCUAUCAUCUGUGCCAGCACAUUGUAGCAAACUGUACGUUAAAAGUCUGGUUAACCUCCCUGCCUUUCUCUCAUUUGCAUCUCUCUCUCUCUCUCUCUCUCUUUUGUCUCCAGAAAGACGGCAUUUGCAUCUGUGUUAAUUUUUCUAUGCUCUCAUACCACUAGCAAAUUAUUCAGAGUAGGUACCAGCAGUGUCAUGACACUGCCCCUUAUUAUUAUGCACUGUAGCAGUUCAUGAAGUUGCCUUAAGACUUCUUCAGGCACUUAUCUUUCCAUUCACAAAUUUCUGUUACUGUUGUAUACUGCAAGAACUGCAACCUUAGCUCAAAGGGGCCCUGAACUACAUUUUAUCGAAGUGGAGAAAGGCAUUUGAAGGGAAAAUGGGCUAUAUCAAAUACUUUGCCACAAAAAUUACUUCAAUGUGUUCAGCAGAAGCUGAGUUAUUGGCAAUCAAACACAGCCUCCCCUGUGCUCCUAUUCCUUCUUCAAUGCCUUGCACUACAAAGGCUAAAGCGUAGAGGGGCAUGCCCACAACGCUCCGCCUUAUAAAUGUCACCGUGGCGCACAGUUCAAAUUUCAUUUUGGAUGUUAACAUAGACGCCACGACUUCUGCCUUUGGUGGCUACGACACGCUAAGCAUAAGCCAAAUGCGAUUGUCCUCAACGAGCCACAGUGCCUUUAGACAGUGGACUCAUGGCGGCACCCUGUGGCAGCCACAGCAUCUACGCCAUGGAGCUGAGUGCAGCUUGAUGUCAACUACCGGCCAAUAGCAUCCGUCUAACAGGGUGACAAAAUAGUGCGUCUAGAAGAGAAUGAGCACAGGGCCUUCUGUUGAAAAGAGAGCGUUCGAGAGAAAGGCGACUUCGCACUCUGCUUGCAAGCUCCACUUACCGCGUAUGACAGCAAAACUUGGCCGAGAUGUUCACAGCAGCGUAUGCUACCUGCAGACUACGUUAUUUCACCAAGCCCGAGGAGUGGUUCAGGGCCCCUUUAACAAACUUCACAGGCCAGUCUCAAAACCUUGACUGUAAUAUGCCUUUGCAAUGCAAAAAAGAUUGGGGAGUGUCAUGCACAAGUGUUCAGCUUGCUUCACUGUAAAGGUUUGCUUUAACUAAAAGGCACAAAUGAUGCUAACCACAUAACCAUGCUUUCCCUUCACUAUAUUAUCAACCAAGCUUUCUCACUUUGUUCAACAUGUUCUAGAGUUUUUUCUUUGCCACACUUCACCACAGACACUGAUGAAGAGAUUGUCUAUCUUAGAGGCUAAAAUAACCUUUGUCACCCUACGUGGUAAUAACAUGAAGAUGUAUAAGAGGCCUAUCCUGUGACCUUCUAUUAGUGUAAGCAGUUCCUAGUCUUUUUAUAGUAUUGAAAUGCAGUACACUUUUUCCUGUUAUAAAUUUUUUUCUCAUUUACAAAGUGCAGAUAGGCCUUUGUUUGUAGCGAGUAGAAAAUUGGAACUGCCUUUGCCUUCAUUUUCGAUAAGUUGGCUUGGCUCGUCUAUUGACAGAACGACGACGGGGUCCAGCCAGCCAUGAUGUAGGCGUAUACGUGGGGGAAAACGCUAUACAAAUAUAAGAAAAGUCUGUACAGCAACACAAACUUAUUGUACCAGCUUCUUUAUUUUCGAAAGUGGUUGAAAAGGUUGAAAUUUAGGCGGUUAGCCACAGUUACACUCACUCCUGUGAAAGCAGAAAGAUGGUAGGCUUUCGCAAUUUACAAGGCGGGCUAUCGCCAUCGCUCUCACUUCUCAGCGUUGCUGGAGGAAACUCUUAUUGUUUUAGAGGCUGCUCAGAUGGAAAAAUUUUGCUGGCAAAACAUCCACACGCUUUUGGAAGUAAUCACUGCAAGUGUAACCAUUACCAAGUUUGACAUUUGCAUUGCACCAUAAAAAACUAAGUCCUUAAAAAUCGGUUGUCAGUCCCUUUAAGAAAAAUUGUGCAACAGCUUCUGCAAGCUCUGAGAUAUAUUGCAACAUCUCUUCUACAGCAAAUCACAUAGAACAUCAAAUGUCCGAUUUGUAGUUUUAACUGGUGUAUGAAGCUAUGCUGUAAAAUAUAACCGAUGUGUGGUGUUAACUUUAGCUCUGACAUUAGUCAAGCCUUUCAGCAAGCAUGCCCAGUAUGCCCAGUGUUUUCAUUAUGUGAAAGUGCAUGUACAAAUAGGGAAAACAUAAAAGGGAACACUCUACUUGUGUACAAGACCGUUAUCUCUAUCCUGAAAUCCAUAAAUUAUGAAGAUUCUUUGACAGCAUAGGUACUUGGUGUUGGCAAGUGAAGAGGUGUGAAGAUAAAGCCCAACAGCAAUGAUUGUUUCAGUGCUGCUGACGUGUCCCCUUUCACAGUCACACCUGGCAACUGAAUUUCUUUGCAAGCUGGAGCAUGCAGCAUUACUGCCAUUGACUGUUACUGCUGUGCUUUCAUUUCAAUAAUGUUCCCAUUCAAAAUAUUGCCAGCAAGUUCAUGGGCUAAAGGACCUAUGUAAAGGGAAUGCAAAUCGCUGAAUUGUGAGCUGCCCUGCUGUAGGCACAGGUACUAUGUACUACCAUGGACAAAUGACGCACAAACAGGAAACUGUAAAAUAGAGCACUUCUUACAAGUGCUAACACGAGUGUGAUCUCGUACUGUUAUUAUCCUGUCGCCAAAUAUAGUAGGCAGUUCAUACUAAGACUACAUUCUGAAAUCAUGACAGCGCAAUGCAAAGUGAUGAAAUGCAGAAAUUAAAUGGUGUGUUCCAGUCAGGCAAUUGUGUUCACGUUUUCUUUGUCCGUGUCAGUAAUAUGCUGUCAUCUCUUUGGAUGCGUGCUUUGUCUUGCCGCUAUUGUGGUCCAUAAACUUUUCUGGCAACUGUGCAUUCUGUGUAGCACGAACGGUGUCUACUUCAAUUUAAAGAUGCAGUGCCAUCAUUUGCCUUUUUCUAGUGCCUUUUAUCUUAAUGCGCCGUUGCAGCAUAACACGGCAUAGCUAUCCAAGUUUAGCAAUGUGAUAUUGCAUGUGUAGUCUAGAAAAUAGUCGGUAAGCACUAGUGGAAUAAUGUGCUAGCAUGCUUGUGCAAUCUGUUUUAUGUUGUUGACUUUGUCAUAUUUAUCCUUGCAUAUAGACAGACGUACUGUCUGUGUCAAGAGGAGCUAAUAAACUGGAUGUGUUGACGAAA